CUUCUCGUACUCGUUUCCCACUCAAUACACCAAUUAUAUCUGGUGGUGCCAAUUACCGUCCUAUUCCUUUAAAUGCUAUGAUGAAUUUAAAACCGCGUUACUUUGUUCCUAAUCCCUUCGGUUCAGACGGUCACAUUCGCGAUUCAGAAGGUGCCUUUUCCAAGAAAGAAAAAGCUGUUGAAGAUCAAUGGAUUAGAGCCCACGAUUCCGAGAAAAUAAAGAAACUUCGUGAAGAGCUUGCCAAGCAAAAAAAGAAACUUGAAGAACUUGAAGAUGAUAUUGAAGAUCUCGAGGAAGAUAUUAAUAAAAAACAAAAAGACUAA